UAUAGUUUUCGUAGUCGCAUACUACAACAGUGCCAUGAAAAUGUCUCUGCGCGGGGUUCACGCCUUAUAUCAUGGGCUUGUGUGGAUAAGUCUGGCAGUAACAGUGUUUGGACAGUUCUCUGUAUUGGCCCAGACUGCGACUGUUUCCUCUCAAACUGACUCUUCAGCUGUGCGAUACUCUUUGCUGCUCAAGGAGCUGGCAACUGUGACAGAGGGUCGAGCAACUUUAACUCGUCAGUUGUCACAAUAUCAGGAAUCGUAUCUCACCCUUCGAGACAAGAUCGCCGUAAAGAAAGCGGCAUGUAUGUGCUUCAACACUACGGCCGUGGCGUUUACUGCUCAUUUGGAUGAAGACAUCACCGUGCUUGGCGCUGAUCAGCCGAUACCAUUUCGGAAUGUCACCCUCAACGAAGGUAACGCCUACGAUGCGAGACACGCAGAGUUCCGUGCACCGGUCAAUGGCACCUACCAAUUCUACGUUACCAUAUCCACGCGCGCGGGCUACCAAGUCGUCGCUGACAUUAUGCUGAACGGCACUCCGGUCGUGAAACUACGCUCCGGAAACGACAACCAAGUAAAUACGGUCACUAAUGGUGUCGCUCUCAACAUGAAGGCCGGCGAUGACCUAUGGGUACAGCACGAUCACUCCAUUAGCGAUUCCAACAGGCUUUUCAAAGAUGAAGGUCUCUUGACUACAUUCUCGGGUCACCUUGUCAAUAGGUUGUAAUUUCUAUGGAUACUGAUUAAAGUUGUAAACUUG